CUCGACCUCGUCGGGCGGGGCGGUGCCAGGAGGGGCGGCUGGGGCAGUAGAGCGGGAUGUGGCGGACGGCGCUGGGCCGCGUGCCGACACUGCUGUGGAGCGGACGACCCCGUGGGCCAGGCCUGAGGCGGCUGUGGGGCCAAAGGAAUCCCUCGAAGGUCGCGGGAAGGCGACGAGACUGGGGCUGGCGGCGCUCGACCUCCGGGCCGGGGCCCGCGGCGGCUCUCGGGCGUGUGGAGGCGGCGCACUACCAGCUUGUCUAUACCUGCAAGGUCUGUGGAACUCGGUCCUCCAAGCGCAUCUCAAAGUUGGCCUAUCACCAGGGUGUGGUCAUUGUGACUUGCCCUGGCUGCCAGAACCACCACAUCAUCGCAGACAACCUGGGCUGGUUCUCCGACCUGGAUGGAAAGAGGAACAUUGAAGAAAUCCUGGCAGCCAGAGGGGAGGAGGUACGCCGGGUAGCUGGUGAGGGAGCCCUGGAAUUGACUUUGGAGACUGAGGGGGCUUCUAGCCCUGCUACUGCCUCGGAAGCGGGUGAGGGUGAAGAUCCCACCCACCCUGACCAGAUGGAACGGAGCUGACUCUAGUGGUCCCUCGCCUGUGGACUCCCUGCCUUCCAGGAAGAUGCUACAUUCAGCCCCAGCCUCUUGGACUCCUGUUUCCUGUCAGUAAACAGAUGUGACCUC